UACUUUUUGAUAACACAGCCGGAAGUGCAGUUGUUUCCCUUUUGUAAACAACCGCCAGUGUUUGAAGAUUAGAGCAAGACUGGACCUGAUUCCUGACAGUUUCUUACAACCGAUCAAAACAAAGUUGGACAACCUAAGAACAAAAUGACAAAUGUUUUGGAGGAUCCCUCUCUUGAGAGGCACUUCAAGGGACACAGGGAUACAAUUACUAGUGUUGACUUCAAUCCAAGUAUGAAACAAUUAGCAUCUGGUUCUAUGGAUUCAUGUCUGAUGGUAUGGAAUUUCAAACCACAAAUGAGAGCUUACAGAUUUGUUGGUCACAAAGAUGCUGUUAUGGAUGUAAAGUUCUCACCGUCAGGACAUCUUGUUGCUUCAGCCUCAAGAGACAAAACUUGCAGAUUGUGGAUACCUACUGUGAAAGGUGAAUCAACAGUAUUUAAAGCUCACACCGCCACAGUUAGAAGUAUAGAUUUCUCUAGCGAUGGCCAAACAUUACUAACUGCUUCAGAUGACAAAACUAUAAAGUUAUGGACAUGUCAUAGGCAGAAGUUCCUGUUUUCUUUAAAUCAACACAUAAACUGGGUCAGAUGUGCUAAAUUUUCACCAGAUGGAAGAUUAAUAGUAUCAGGUAGUGAUGAUAAAACAGUCAAGUUAUGGGACAAGAAUAGUAAAGAAUGUAUCCAUACGUUUUAUGAACAUGGAGGUUUUGUAAAUCAUGUAGAAUUUCAUCCCAGUGGUACAUGUAUAGCAUCAGCUGGCACAGACAGUACUGUCAAAGUCUGGGAUAUCAGAACUAAUAAACUACUGCAGCAUUAUACAGCCCAUUCAGCAGCAGUGAACAGUUUAGCUUUCCAUGCCAGUGGUAAUUAUUUAUUAUCAGGGUCUGACGAUGCUACUCUGAAGAUUUAUGACCUAUUAGAAGGAAGAUUGUUUUACACCUUACAUGGUCAUCAGGGUCCUACCACAGCUGUAACUUUUGCAAGAGAUGGUGCUUACUUUGCUUCUGGUGGUUCUGAUGAACAGGUCUUAGUAUGGAAGACAAAUUUUGAUCAGCUAGAUUUUGAUGAUGUCUUACAAUCACAUAAAGAGAGGGCAAAAUCAAAAGAGCCUCCGAAAGUCAGUGACAUUCCUCCAAGAACACAAAAGAGAUCUGGAACACCUACCAGAUUGGAUUGUAGAGCAGAACUUAAAAAUAUGGAAGAUGAGCAACCCUUAGUUACAGAAGUGGGACCGGCAUUAUUUUCUACUGGACAGUCAUCCUCAGCAGUAAAUGGACUUACACAAGAAUAUGAUAUAACAACGUCAGAACAGUGUGUGGGAUUUGAACCUGCCUCGAGAUCUAGAUCUUCACAGAAUCAAUCUUCACGGUCCACUACUCAACAGCUAGAAGCUAAAUCUAUCCCUCCACAGUUAUCCAAUACAUUAGAACAAAUUGUUGGUCAGCUAGAUGUUUUAACACAGACAGUUUCACUAUUGGAACAAAGAUUAACAAUGACAGAAAACAAAUUACGUGAAUGCCUGGACAAUCAGCAGAAAAUAACACUACAGAUUCGUCCCACAGAUUAGAGCGCCAUGAUAUGUGCUACUGUCACCCGUAACAAGAUUUAUGCCAGAUAAUAAUCACUUGACUAAUGGACCUACAGAUUGGAUAGUAUUAUGUCAAAUAGAUAUGUACCAACUACACAUGUAACAAGAUUUUAUGUUGAAGUUUGUAGGUGUUUUAGUAAUCUCAAAUAAAACGAUGAUCUGAAAAACAAUAAAGUUUAAAUUAAAUUGAGAAUGCAUUUUACAUAAAUUUUUAUUAAAGUUUGAUCUUUUGUUAAAUGCACAUAUUGUAGAACAAAACAGAAGUAUUUUCAAAUAAUUGAAUGCGUAGUUUUAUUUUAAUGUAUCUAUUUAUUGUAGCCUUCAUAGGAAUAGUGAGUAAGUUAACCUGUUUGAACAUAAAUUGUUUGAGUCAUGAUAUCAUUCAAGUUAGUCUGGAGUAGGCAGUUCAUAUUUUUAUUAUGAAUCAAGUUAUCAUGCUUCUGUCUCUUUAUAUGUUUAUGAACAUAAUUUACUCUUAAAUUUAUGCAUCGCCACAAGCACAUGUUCACCUAAUACUUGACUAGAAUCUCCUGUUUCUAAAAUAAGAUUCUGUUUUGAAACAGUACUAUUUAAUGAUUUUAUGUUAUUUUAUUUUCCUCCUUUUGGUGAAAUGAGGCAUAAAGUUAUUUUGUUUGUUAUUUGGUCUAUUUAUAAAACCAUCCACACUCUUUCUUGAUUAUUGACACAAUCUCCACUCCGUGAUGGUAUUGUGUACCUCCAAUUUUAUUUGUUGGAUUAUGUUUUUUUAGAUUUUCAUGCGGCAAACGAUACAUUUUGCCAUGUCUGUUGAAAUAGGUGAUUUAAUUUGUGAUCUAUUAAGCGAUGUUUGAAGUUCUAGUUGCAAGUCUUUUAAAAAAAAAAAAUCAACAUAUAUCAUGCCAAAUAGAAUGUAAUAUGUUUCCCUAUUUUUGAUCAAGAGUAUAUACUCUGGUACUGUGGAUUCCUUUAUUUUCAUGGAUACUAAUUUUUGUGGAUUGAGAUUCCUGGAUAUUUGAUUUGAAAGAUUUGCAUAAGUCUGCUUAGAAGUCUACAGACAAUCUAUUACUGGUUGAAUAUUAAAAUUGUGGUUAAACUACACCCUAUGAAAACAUGAAAUUGGUAUUCCAGUAGCAUUGUUACUAAUAUUGAUAUGUCUCGAAAAGAUUGUUUAAUUAGAUUUGUGAAGAUAUUAUUGUUUGUUUGUACAGCUCUGUAGAUAUCUUAUAAGAAGAUGUAUAUAAUCAUUAAUUUUAUUUGUAAAUUGAAACUAAUACAUUUUAUUGUACAUAUUAUAUCAGUAAACAUUGAAUCAAUUA